UUCUGGGCAUCUCUCUAACAAACAAGUAUUCUUUGGAGCUCAACUCAAUAAUCGAUACAAUUUUCUUAGUUUACAGAGCAAAUAAUUACUUUCUCGUGAUGACUUCACAAGGUCGGGGAGAUGGGUAUAUAUAGUGGGGAGGGAGAAGGCUGAGAACCAUCCACUCAACCUCCGGCAACCGACCCACAGGGAACAGCCGCUACCACCACCGCCGACAUGAAGAUGGCAAACUGUGCUGCCCUUCUGGGCCUGGUCCUCCUCGGCUGCCUUUCUGAUCUUGCCGUUGCUCAAAGACGGGCCUCCUGCGGCGCCUACAUGCUGUCAGGAAAGACCAUGAACAUCGCCUGUCCCCGCAACUACGACCCCGUGUGCGGCACCAACGGCCGCACCUACCCCAACGAGUGCUCCCUCUGCAAGGACUUCCUCCGCAACCGUGCUCUUGACAAGAAACACGACGGAAGAUGCGUGAAGAUCGACUGUACCGGUUUCCUGAAGCCUGGCAGCGGUUUUAAUGUCCCCUGCACCCUGGAGUACUCCCCCAUCUGCGGCACCAACGGCAUCACCUACAGGAACAAGUGCAACUUCUGUAAUGCUGUGGCGAGCGGCCUGGAAGUGAACCUGCAGAGCUACGGACAGUGCUUCCAAGUGCAGCAGCCCGGCCAGCAGCAGCAAAUGAUUGACUGCAGCCAGCAGAAGGGUGGCAACAUGUUCUGCACCUCCGAGUACAACCCCAUCUGCGGCUCCGACGGCAGAACCUACGGAAACAAGUGCAAGUUCUGCAAUGCUGUGUCCCGCAGCAGUGGAGCUCUGUUCUUCAGCCACCAGGGCGYAUGCUAAGCGCUGGAGCUGCACCCUCCAACACGACACUUCCCUCACAAAUUCUUCAAUCAAACAUGCUCUUCCUUGCUCCCUCAACUGUUACGCAUCUGUCUCUGCUUUGAUUGAUCAAUAAAUUAAAU